AUGUCCUUCCCCACUCAAUACCACGAAAUCAUCCUCAAAAACAAGCCGUUCAGGGACGUCAAUCUCUCGUGGGGCCAACCGGAUUCCACUUUUGAACUCAAGACCCACCCCCUUGAUAAAGCCGAUGUCAAGGAUAACCAAGUGGUGGUAAGACUGAUAUUAUUCUCUAAUGACCCUACGCAAAGACUGUGGAUCCAAAAAGGUCUUGACCCUAAGAGAAUGUACAUCGAGCCCGUCCAUGAAGGUGAGCGCAUGAAGUCGACCGCGUUGGCGGAAGUCAUUUACUCCAAGAAUGAAGGGUACAAAGAAGGCGACAUCGUGUUGGCAUUUCUGGGGUGGGCUGAUUACGCUAUCUUGAGCCCCGAACAGAUCAAUUCGAAGAUUCCCGCUCAACAAGGGGUGCCUUUGCUGGCAUACUUGUCGGCUCUCGGUAUGACUGGUCUCACUGCAUACUUUGGUACCACCAAAGUGGGCCAAUUACAAAAGGGUCAAACCAUCAUUGUCUCGGCCGCCCUGGGGGCCACCGGUUCCAUGGUGGUCCAAGUAGCCAAGCACCUUGUAGGCGCCAAAAAAGUGAUUGGUUUCGCUGGCUCUGAUGACAAGUGCAAGUGGGUGGAACUGAUUGGGGCUGACGUUUGUCUCAAUUACAAAACUGGCGACUUGGCCAAAAAGCUCGAUGAAGCGCUCGAUGGCGAAUACGCCGAUGUUUACUACGACAAUGUUGGUGGCGAACAACUCGAUCUUUGUUUGACUCGGGUAAAGCCGUUCGGCAGAGUCGUUGCAUGCGGUGCUAUUUCCGGUUACAACGAUCACACAAAAAUGAGUGUCAACCGUUGGGCUGAGAUUAUCAUCAAUCGGUUGACCGUUCAAGGGUUCAUUGUGUUUGACUUUGCCAAGGACUAUCCUCAAGGUUUGACCGCUUUGGGUGAAGGGGUUAAGGAGGGCAAGAUCAAGAAUGAAGUGGAUGUUGUUGACCUUGAAGGUGACAUCAAGAAGAUUCCCGAAGUGUGGAACCGUUUGUUUAUCGGGAAGGGUCCUGGGAAAUUGGUCACCAAACUUUAA